AUUUCCUACAUUUUCUAUCCUAUUCAUAUCCUAUUUCGAUAUUCUUGAUUUCUCGAUAUCGCAAUGGAAAUUUCUUUAGUUUAUUGUUGAAAUUGGAAAUUACUUAAUUGCUUCACCUUCGAACGGAUAUAUUAUUGAAGAUUCAGCAAAUUCAGUGUUCAAUUCAAUACAAUUAGGACAAUCGAGAGGCGAAUCAAGACGUAGGAAAAGCUCAAGAACUCAACAUAUUUGUGCAGUAGAUAAAGGAUCGAGUCAGUUCAAAAAAUUUAUUAUAUUCAAAUUAUAAAAACUUUCAAAAAGAUGUUCUGACGGGUGGUCGAUGAUACUGCAAUUGUGAUUGGAUUUUGAAAAAUGGUUUCAACUAGACAAAUGACAAUAGGGAAUAAUGGGGCUGUGGAGAGUAAUCAUUCUCCCAGUGAAGGCCCCGCCAAAUCCACUAGAAAUAGCACCAUUGCCAGCACAAGUUUCUGUGGAAUGGUACAGACCUGUAGGGCUCCACAAGUGCAAUCUGUAUUUUUUUUGGAUUUGCCCCAAGAGGUUAUUGAAAAAAUAUUCAGUUAUUUACCAUUCAAGAAUAUCUGCCAGUUGAGACUUGUCGGGCGCACUAUGGAUCACAUUUGCAGUCAAAUGUUAAAUUCUAUGUUUCUCAAGCUGCAGAAUCAAAUGCUGGCCAGAUUCCAGGAGAUUAAGGCCAAGAUGCCCAGGAGAGAAUCAGCCAGACGUAGCCACCAUCUUGCCUGUGAAAGUGACAUCAUUGAGACCCUGCAUAUGCGUCUCACUCUAUUACAGAUGACAUUUGGCAAGCAUAUAGAAAGGAAACACAUUUGUUUCUUUCCUGGAGAAAUUCUUGAUGAAGUUCAUCACAUUUUGAAUUACAUCAAAGUAACACCCAAACUGGAUUUGCCUUACAAAGUCACUGAUGAGCUGUUUGAUUUGUCCACCAUGGCAAUGGAAUAUUUCAAAGAGAAAAUCGAGCCCAAUUUGCCAGACAUUGCCUACUUUAGCACUGAUUUCUUGAAUUUCUCCGGCAAUUUUGCCAAUUCUUCGUCAUUGACAUCGGAUGUGUCUAAGGACAGUGGGCAUGCUUCAACAGAUGAAAUAGAAAGUGGUGAGGACACAGUGGAGCACAUUCCACAGUCCAAUAUGGUACUGCGCAAGCGCAUUCGCAAGAUUAAGCAGGGUAUGAAGCGAUACAACAGCCAAUUGAGCCUGCUCAGACAGGAUUUGAGGUCAUGCAGGAAAAAAACUUCCGACCAGCAGAAGCAAAUCUCCGAGCAGCAGAAGCAGCUGACUGACCAACAAAAGCAGACUCUCGAGUACGCCACCCGCUUGGACGAGUAUGACAAGAAGAAUGAGGAGAUAUCCAGAAAGUUCAGUACCCUGCUGCAAGAGCUGAACAAGUGCAAGACAGAAUUGCAAUACUGGAGGUGCAGAUCCCCGGCCAAUCCUCCUUUCUGCCAGACCUGCGGCAAUGCCAUUCUGGCCCAGCCUGAUGAGCUGCAGGCGCUCAUCAAUCAGGGCGUUCAUCCUGAAGUAUUAGGGGUGGAUCCACUACCAGAACUACCACCCCCACUCGGUUCCGACUCGCCCAGCCAUGGAGUCGAGGCCGACUCGAAACAUUCGGACUCCUUCAAGGUGUCCCUCUCGGUGGUCCCAGAAAAUGAGGUAGCCGCUCUUCUGGUGGACCAGCCUGGUCCGUCUGCGGACUCGAUCAGCAACAAGGGUAAGAGGAAAAUGGCGACGGAGGGGUCCAAGGAGGAUCAACCCAAGAAGAAAACGAGGCGUUUCACCAAGAUUCGCGCCAAACGCAACAUCAAAAUCUAGGGGCGAUUUUUCGACUCGUGAGGCCUGAACGUCCACUAAUUAGCUUAGUUAGGUGUCGAGUGGAAAAGGUGGACUAAACUAGUAUAUUAACGCUCCAAGUCCCAAUACAUUCAUAUCUUACUAGCUUGCUUUAUUGGUAAAUAAGUCCUAGGUAAACAUGUAACAAUAAAAAAAUGACUUGAC